ACAAUGGAAUCGAAGUUAAAGAAAGAGUUGGGGACAUCCAUGCUGGAGUCAUGUGGUCAUGCAGGAGGUGGAUACAUUUGCGAGGGUCAGAGUUAUGAUACUGACCAUGGGAGGGUGUUUGUGAAGAUAAAUUACAAGAGCGAGGUAUUUAAUCAUUGUUUUUUUAAUAUUUAAAUUCAAUAUAGUGACAGUGAGUGGCUUUUUAUAUGGCUGCAAGCUGCACCCUCUGAAAGCACAGUAGUUUUGAUUGCUACUGAACUUUGUGCACACGUUGCGAAAUGGAGACGGAUUUAAUUUCAUAGCCAAAUUGAUGUUUGAUGGGGAGAUGGCCAGUUUGGAAGCCAUUUUAAAGACAGAAACUGUUAAAGUCCCCAAGCCUGUGAAGGUGAUUGAGCUUGACACAGGAGGAUGUGUACUUGUGAUGGAACAUCUGGACAUGAGAGGUCUGAGCAAGUACUCAAAGCACCUCGGAGAGCAGCUGGCAGACAUGCAUCUUCUCAACAAGAGACAGCUGGAAAAAUUAAAUAAAGAGCAGCAGACAGUGGGAAAAGGAGCUGGACAGUCAGAUGUGGCUGUUGUUGAGAAGUUUGGCUUCAAUGUAGCUACAUGCUAUGGAUUUUUUCCACAGAACAACGAGUGGCAGGAUGACUGGGUGACAUUCUUCUCACAGCAGAGACUGCAGCACCAGCUCAACAUGGUGGAGGAAUCCUAUGGAGACAGAGAGGCCAGAGAGUUAUGGGCCAAGCUACAGCUGAAAAUGCCUCUGUUCUUCAAAGAUAUAGAGGUUGUUCCUGCUCUCCUGCAUGGAGACUUAUGGGGAGGCAACGUGGCACAGUGUGCAGACGGCCCAGUCAUCUUUGACCCAUCCUCUUUCUAUGGUCAUUCAGAAUUUGAGCUGGGUAUUGCUGGAAUGUUUGGUGGUUUCAACAGUGCUUUUUACUCUGCUUACCAUGAAAAGAUUCCUAAAGCACCAGGCUUUGCACAGAGAAACCAGCUUUACCAACUCUUUAACUAUCUAAAUCACUGGAACCACUUUGGCAAUGAAUACAGGCGCCCUUCAAUAAGUGUUAUGAAGAAACUGCUGAAAUAACUGUACUCCCAGUCACUUCCCUUGCAUCAAACUAUUGAUGUCCAGCAGACUGAAACACUACAUACACUGACAAAAUGUUGUUGUGUUUUAAUUAAUUCAUGCAAUACUUAAUACCCGCUGCUUAGCCAACAGUAAAGCCUAGGAUGAAGUGAAAUGAUUGUCCCACAAUGCUGCAUUUGUAGCCUGGAGACCUCCAUCAUCAUGAAGAACUCUCCACCCCUCUUACUGAUUGUUUGACCUCCUGCCACAAGAAUGAACACUAGCUUCUUCUCCCAGGCUGUUGUGCACCUUGCAUCCCAGCACUCACAUGCAACUUAGUAAAAUAAACAUACAUGUAUAAAC